AUGUCGCUGUGGGGUACGUUUUUCCCCUCUUCUUGGAAUCGGAGUAGUUCGGAGUCACAGGAAGGAAAUGCUUCCCGACUUUCGACUCAAAUUUCGUCAAAGGAUGAUGAUGUCUAUGAAGUUAAUAUUCCUAGUCUUGGUGGAAUAAGAGACGUUAUAAUGAAGUCGUCAUCUAAAAUUGCCGGAGAGCUAAAGAACUCGGCUAAGCAACUUUCUAAAGCAAUAACCACCUCCGCGCCAUUUGCAGAGUUCAAGCGCAUCCAAUCGGAGUUCGUAGCUGCCAAGACGGAGACUGCGGCGUCAGCCACACCUGAAGCCUUUCUAUCGAACAAGUCGACAGAUGCCUCGGACCCGGGUCGCAUCCGUCGCAUCAAGGAGCAGGUGAUGCACCUGUCGUUGGACGAGCAAAAUUUCCUCCGACCUCCGCCUCUCAACUCGGCGUUUCAGUGGAGUCAGGAGCGCGCCGACCAGGCGAUGCCCAUCGCAAUGGCCCUGCUGAAGGAGGAUGCUAACCUUGCGGCUAUGCGCUUCCGUCUGGUACCGCGACGGCUGAAGGAGGACGAUUUUUGGCGCAACUACUUCUACCGGAUUUCGCUUGUUCAACAGAAUGAAAACCUGACCGAGGAAGCCACGACUGGACCUCAAAAAGAGACGUCAGUAAAGUCGAUGGAAGACGAUAACAUUGAAAGCCUUGGUGGCGAUAUGGCUGAUCACCCUCGCGAACAAAGUUCCCCGUCGUCGGUAAAAGAAGAACGAAAAUCGCGCCCACCAUCCCUUUCCCCGACCACCACAUCAAGUCUUUCCUCGGGCACCAACAUCGACGAAUUAGAGGCGGAGCUAAUGCUUCAUGGUGGCGACCUUGACAGCACAGUCGUCAUCGACGAUGACACGGAGCGUGAACUCCUUGGCGGCCUGGAAUCUCCUGGCAAAUGA